AUGGCCAGAUCGAAGCAAGUCACCAAGAAGGUCGAGAAGAAGGCCGAGGCGCCCCUCACCACCAAGAAGCAAAAUGAGACCCCAUACCAGCUGGACCCGGCGCAAGUCGAGCGGGCGGCGAAUGCGCUUGUUGCACACAUGAAGAAGCACAAGGAGGAGAAGGAAGCAACAGGAACCAAGGACUUGAUGGCUGAUGAGGAUGAGGCAGAGGAGACCGACCAGCCAAUCUUCCUCAGCGUUUCCACCAAGAAGCACGUCAACAACACCAACAACCUGAAGCCUACAAAAAUCGCUCUGCCCCACCCCAUCAUUGCGAGCGAUGCUAAGAUCUGCAUCUUCACAAAGGACCCCCAGCGAGCCUACAAGGACCUUGUUGCGUCGGAUGCAUUCCCUGCCACACUUCGCGAAAGGGUUGGGCGCGUACUCGGCGUUGAGAAGCUCAAGAAGAAGUUCAAGUCCUUCGAGCAGAAGCGCGCCCUCCUUGCCGACUACGAUAUCUUCAUGGUCGACGAGCGCGUAAUCAAGAUCGUCGCCGAGUUCCUCGGCAAGGUUUUUUAUGGAAGCAAGUCCAAGCGUCCCAUCCCACUCAGACUCACCGCCGGCGCGUUUGUCGACAAGACUGCGAAAAAGGACAAUGAGGCGCAGGGCGUGGUUGGCACAGCACAAGGCGUCGCAAAGGAGAUUGAGACCGCAUUGAACUCGACCUAUCUUAGCAUGAGCGCCUCGGCCAACACCUCGAUCAAGAUCGGCAACCUCUCGCAGAACGCCGCCCAGAUCAAGGAGAACACCGAGGCCGUCAUUGCUGCUAUCAUUCCCAAGCACAUCGAGCAGGGCUGGCGCAAUGUCCGCAGCCUGCACAUCAAGGGCCCAGCCACAAAAGCUCUGCCCAUCUGGCUCGCUGACGAGCUGUGGGUCGACGACUCGCAGGUUCUCGAUGAGCCUUUCCAGAAGAAGAGCAUUGGUGAGGGCAAGACCGCCCAGACUAAGCGUAAGUGGGAAGAGUGGGAGGACGAGCUGCUCGACGAGGAUGAGCUUGCGGAGAAGCGGGCAAAGAAAGAGGCCAAGAAAGCAAAGAAGACUGGUCCCGCGAAGAAGAGCUCGCUGAGCAAGGAGAAGAAGAAGGCAUUGAAGCAGGAUGCGCUGUCUUCGGUCCAGACACCGUUGAUUGCAUAG